GAAAGACAGACAUGGCUCAGUGGAGUGGUUCGGAUUCUGGAAUUUUAAGAAAAAAUAUACGUCCGGAAAACCAUGAAGAACUCCUCGUAUUUGGAUAUUCCUGUAAACUCUUCAGAGAUGAUGAAAAGGCUCUAUACAUUGAUCAAGGCAAGCACCUUAUUCCUUGGAUGGGCGAUGAGACGUUGAAGAUCGACAGGUAUGAUUGUAGAGGUGCUCUGUCAGAUCUGACGAAAUACGAGGCUAGCAGGGAAGGUUUUGAUGCCAUGCGUUGGCUAGGUUUAAGUGAUAAGGAGAGACAACUUGAAGAACUUUGUGAUAAAGAGCGAUAUUAUUCCCUGGAGAUUAAUGAAGAGGAGGAAGAGAUGUAUAAAGAAGAGGAACAGAAACGCCAAAAAACUAACACUUUCCAGUAUAGUUAUGACGUACCAAUGGAUCCGGACAAGAAAGAAGAAGGACCAAUAGGACCAGAAGCCAAUGAGGAAGAGGAAUACAUACCACCACCAAUUUUAGAUGUACCUGUUGACAUAGAUAUUCCAAAGACUGUUAAAGAGAAUGCGAGGAUAGAGAAAACUGCCAAGUUCGUGUGUAAGCAAGGCCCCCAGAUGGAGAUACUUAUAAAGGCGAAACAAGGGAACAAUCCUCAAUUUAGUUUUCUAAAUCAGGGAGAUAAACUGUAUAAAUUCUAUCGACACGUUUUGGCUGCCUUCAAGAAUGGGCGAUAUCAGGGAUAUGAAUCGAUACUUGAGAAUAAAAGUGGAGAUAAGCAAGACAUGUACGACGCUGAGUCCGGCGGUCACUAUUUGCAUCCUAGUCUAUUGUCAGCCACCCAACAACCGGAACCGCCCACAACCAUAGCGAUACCUCAAGUACCGUACAAGCCGUCUGCCAACUGCACGUACUCUCAGCUGGUGAGCAGAAUCCAAGGCAAUCAGUGUGACCAAGUGCAGGAUGCGGAGAAGACGGCAGGUCCUGCGACAAACUUCGCUCAGAUGACGUACGAGCAGCAGCAGUACUACCAGUACUACUACGCACAGCAGUACUAUGAGUACUAUAAGCAGAUGGCACUGUUCCAGCAAGGGCACGGAGGAAAUCCAGGUCAAUUCGUCCCCCCUGCUGAUUUCCAAAACCUGGACCCCAACCUGCAAAACUACAUACAGCAGAUUGCCUACAGCCAGUACUUGCACCACCAACAACAGCAACAGUCGGAAAAUUCUUACGCACAAAUUGUCUCCAAUGUCAACAAAGAAGCGCAUAACCCUUACGCCGCCAACGUACCCCAACUACCUCAGAACAUACCUCAGAAAGAAGAAGUGGAACUUCCCAAGAAUUCCCCAAACGUUGUAGCGAAAGAUGAAAAUGUCACAAAAGAAGUGACACCCAAAGCAGAAGUGGUCAUAAAGAAACCGCUGCUGUCUUUAGCCGCAUACGGUUCAGGCACUGACAGUGAAUCCGAAGACAGUACGGAAGAAGAAGAAGAACAGAAGGAGAAGAAGGAAGUGUACAAGGUGCCUGCCGGCGAUAUACAAGUGAUCAUCGAUAAAAUGGCGCUCUACGUUUCUAAAAAUGGCGAGCAGUUUGAGACGUUGGUUAAAGCGAGAGGCGAUCCGCGAUUUCACUUUUUAAACGAUGGUCACGAGUAUCACAAGUAUUACAAAGAAAAAAUUAGGGAGCUUAGGGGCACAACUGAAAAGGAAGAUGUGGCUGAAAAGAAAGAAAUCAAAGAAGUGAAACCUCCCAAAAAAGAGAAAAAGGUUAUAGCACCUGUUUGCUUCUCAAUAAAAAAAGCCAAAGACGAACAACCGAAAGAAAUAAAGAGCGCUCUUCCGGUGGAAGAAAGUGAUGAGGAAGAAACGGAUCCCAUCGCGCCACCCGCUCCUCAUAUCUCCCCCAUUUCUACCCCUGCAGUUACAGCAACCAUUUGUAUUGACGAAAACAGUAAAAGCCCACGAGAAGUCACUGACCUCACAAAUAAAGAAGAGAAAGAACCGGAAGCUAAAGGGAGUUCCACCAAAGAAAACAAAAAAAAUGGCAUAUUAGACGUCGACGAUCCGAUAUUGGAAAUGAUAGAAUUGACGUCGGGAGAAGCGGUGGAAGAUAAGAAAGACGCCAAAAGAGCUGAAGACAAAAUAAAGGAUAAACUAGCCGCAGCGGCCAGAGAGAGACUAGCGUCCGCUUCCAGGGACCGAGCCUUACAGUUAGAAAGGAAAAAGAAAGCCGCCGCAUUCCUUAAACUCAAAUCUGCCGAGACGAAUGCUCAAGGCAGUGAGACGACCGCAUCAGAAAAGUCAUCACCCAGUAAGCCUUCGAGUAGAAGGAGUUCGGUGGAAAUCAUAGAAAUACUGAGUUCUCCGCCGAAAAGGUCCCGAGACAGGAGCAGGUCGAGAGAUCGGGAAAAACGGAAAGACAAGGAGAUGAAGGAGAGAAGGAGGGAAGAACGUCAGAGGAAGACGAAGGAGAGGGAGAGAAGUAGGGAGAAGAAGAGGAGUAAAUCGCCUUGGAGGGAGAGCAUGGAAGAGGAAACGGAGAAUAAGAGGCGGAAGGAGGACGACAAGAAGGAGAAGAAGAAGAAGUCACACAAAAGGAAACAUUCCAAAAGCAGGCACGAGUCGAGGAGUAAAAAGAAAUCAAAGAAACGACACAGAAGAUCAGAGUCGGAGUCAAGUAGUUCAAACAGCUCAUGACAUUUGAGGUACCACUAUCAUCAUUAGGUGACAGAGAAACGUAUUACGUAAUUUGAGUUGUGCGUUUUUAUGAUACAGACAUUUUUUAUAAAAAUUGUUACGUAUAUAUUAUUAUAUUGUGUAAAUAGAAGUGUAAAUAUACAGUUUUAUUUA